GUUGGCUCGUGCUGAAUCCUCCUCACACGUGAGCGCGCGGCGGAAGAAGAAGACGGAGGAGCCUCCCUCUCGGCCUUCAGGAGAGGCUGAAGGUGACUCUCCUCUCCUCUCCUCCUCUCGGUCGGUCUGGGAUGCACAGCGAGGAAAUAACCGGGAAUAACCUGCACACACAGAUACACCUGCAGGGGUGUGCUCUUUAUGCAUCAACCAAAAACCUGCAACCCUGCAGCGUCUGAGUGCAUUUUCAUCCUUAUAGAGGACACAUCAGAAAAGAGGGGACACCUCCAUCUCUCUCUCUCUGUGUGUGUGUGUGUGUCUGUGUCUGGUGGUGGGUGUGCAUGCAUGUGUUCUGCACCGUACGGGCGGAAAAAGCGCCCAAGGUCCGCAGGCAGCAUCUUCCCCAUCAGUAAAGUGGCGCAGCUGGAGCCGGAGCGGAGGGAGAGCGCGGAGGAGGGGGCCGUGGACGGCAGCAGGAUGACUGUGCAGGAAUUCAACACCCUGGUCGCUCUGUACCGGGAGCAGGUGAUCUCCGUGGGGGAGAUCUCUGCAGACUGUCCGUCUCUGCGGGCUCAGAUGCAGCACACUCGGUCCAAAGGAUGCUCCAUGGCCCGGGCUGCACACCACGACCUCUCCGUCAUCUCUGUCUCAGGUCUGGAGGACGGAGAGAUCCACCCGGAGAUCUGUCGGCUCUUCAUCCAGCUGCAGUGCUGCCUGGAGAUGUUCAUAACGGAGAUGCUGAAAUCCAUGUGCCUGCUGGGGGUGCUGCAGCUGCACAGAAAAAGAACAGACUCGGAGCCGAGGCUGGACUUCAGGUUGGAUGAAAGCUCGGACGUUCCCAUCCUGGACGACCGCUCCUCCUCCCCCAUCGACUUUCCUCAGGAGCAGUGGCUGGUGGGAAUCGAUAUUCAAAAUAUAGAGAGAGAUAUGCGAGAGAUGCGAAACCUACUCAGCAAACUCAGGGACACGAUGCCAUUGCCACUGAAAAACCAAGAUGACAGCAGCUUGUUGAAUCUGACUCCUCACCCGCUGAUCAGACAGAGGAAGAGACGCUUCCCUGGACUCUGCUGCAUGGUGUCUGGCUGAGAGUCAAGACAUAUAGGAAAGGAAGGAAAGGACUUUCACUUUAUUUUAUUUAAUGAUGUUUAUCAAAUAAGAGAUUCAUUAACCUUAUUUCAUUUUAUUCUUUUGAUUUAGUUACAGUAUUUUCCCCCCAUAUUAUCUGAAAUUGUAAUCUUGUAGUACCAGUUAUCUAAUUCUACGCCAUUUGUCUUUUCCAUCUUGAUGUUAACUUUCUUUGCUUGUUGGUCAUUCGGUUCUUGAGUUCUGCGACUCACCUCGUUCCGGUCCGUUUCGUGACGUAAAAUUUCAAGCUUGAUUCGAGUUCAAAUGUAUUUUAUCAAGAAAUCUCAAGAAAGUACAUGCACAAUUCCCCGUGGAAAGUGUUGCAUUACCCUGACGAGCUGACAGUUAGUGAUGGAUAAAAUGAGGCGGUACUGUGCAGAACUCUAUUUUAUUUUCUGGUUCUUUUUCAGGUGAGUCAUCUUUGCAUUUUUUCUUUCUUUUUCUUUCUUACAUAUGCAGCCAUCCCUCCUUAUCUUUCUGUUUCGUGCCAUUUUAUAUAAUGGGAGAAUAAAAAUGUACAUAUUCAGGCUAUGCACUGGCAUCUUUCGUUCUCAGCUGUCUCACUGUGCUCGUGUCACGCCUCCAUGUUUGAAUGUGUCACAGCGUGAGAUGUUUUUAGUCCCGACAACCUCCUGGUGUAUUUCAUCUGAACAUCAUUCAGUAGAGGCUCUUGCCAGGUGAGUCUCUACUUGCCUGUUUGGUGUGACGCCCCGUAGACAAAGCAAUUCAUCUACCGUGUUAUGUAAUGAUUUCUAAUUAUUUAGAAGACCCUCUGAACUUUUCUCUGGGAGCAAUUACAGGUCAACAGUUCCUAUUGACCAACGCUGUCCAUAGUAGGCAACACUGUCUCUUAACAAUUACGUGCCCAUACAACUAGAACACAUUCUCAGAGGCGUUUCUCUGGCAUUGUUGCUUAUUUAUCACAAGCCUACUCCCCAGAGGAUAAACCCCUUUUGUUUUAAUGACCUCAUGACCUUUUCCUUCAGGACAGGACAACAUUUUGAGAAUAAAGUUGUAAAUUAUGAGAUGUUUCUUUUCAUGCCCCGUCAUAGUAAACAAGUGAGGGCAUGUAAUCUAAUCCAGUGAUUCUCAAAGUGGGGUAUAUGGCACUCUGUCAGGGGGUCCGUGAAAUAAUUAGCUAUAAAUUAGAAAAAUGGUGCUGUAUAAAUAUUAGAUUUGAGUCAGUCCAUAUCGUCAAGUGACGCUAUGACUAGACUAGCUAAAUAGAGAAAAUAUGACGAUAGUUAUAUCAAGCGGCAGCGACGGAGAUUAAAAUACGUCAUGUGUCUUCAGGUGUUAGUGAACGAAGUCAUGAGGCCAGCCAAGCUAAAGCGACAUCUGAUUACAAAGCACCCGGAUUAUCAGAGCAAAAAAAGUGGUGUUAACAUGAAUCAAAUUCAAAUGUGUUUCUGUUUAUCACUAUCAAACAGGUUAUUUAGGUUGAAAAGUUUUAGAAUACGAAUAGUUCCAAUGGCAUCUAAGAGUACAAACGGUAGUUAGCAUUAUGCUUUAUCGGUGUUACGAUUAUGAGGGGGUCCUUCGAAAAUGUUCUCCUCUUUAAGGGAUCCUUGGCCCCAAAAAGUUUGAGAUACCCUUAUCUGAUCUUCUCGAAAUGUCUUUUUCUUUGACUUCAUUAUCAAAAUAUCAAGACUUUGUCUUGUAAAAUUGCAACUUUUACAUUAUGUUUCUAAUACGCGUCGUAAAGAAUAGCUGAAUCAUCAGUAUGUUGCUCAUUCUGUCCAACACUUUAAUAUUUGGGGGUGUAAUGCUCAUUGCAGCCUCUAUAGGGGAAACUAGCAGGGCUUUUCGUCUUGUUGUAUACGAAUGUGCAGCUCGUCAUUAGCAGUCUUCCCUGAUUUUGAACUUUCAGCUUCAGUUUUCCAUCACAAGGGCUUUGCAGAUGUUCCAGAUACAUAUAAAUAGCAGAAUUGAAAAAGCCACACACAAAAGACUAACUUAAAUCCACUCAUUCAUCCGAAGCACUCCACUAGAGCCAUUUCACCAUUGAAUGUAAGUGUAAUUUGUAAAUUCGUGUUUGUGAUGUUUUUUUCUUUCUUUACUGUAAUCUAAAGUGGUGAUGUCUAAUUAUUUAUUUUUCUUUGGCAUGUAUAUGACUCAGAGUAUGCCAUGUGUAGUUAGCGUGUCCUGCAAUGUAGAGAAUCCACAGCUAAACUUAUGUACAGCUUAGGACAUUUUAUAAUGUGAAUAAAGUUUUAUAUACAAGUAUGA